AUGUCUUCAGCUGUUGUCUUUAAUACCAACCUGUUAAGGUCGUCACGCCUUUUGGUCACUUCAUGUAUUACCCGUCCGAUCGGGUACCGGGGCAUUUCUUCUACUACAAGAUACCUAAGACCUCAAUUAUCAUCAUACCAUAAUAUUAAUAAUCAUAAUAAUAACAACCGGCCAUUCACAAUAUCUACAAGCCGUAAAAGCAGCAGUAGUAAUAGUAGUAGUAGUUCAUCCAGUGGUGGUUUUUUUAACCGUAUAUCUCGUGCCAUUUCAUUUUCCUUUUAUGCUAGUUUGAUCAUUGGUGGCAUUGGUGCUCUUGGCAUUGUGGGAUACCUGUUUGUGUCUGAGAUUUUAUUACCAUCGUCAGACGUUGCACUUUACAAUAAGACGUUUUCAAUCAUUGAAAAAGACCCUGUUUGUCUUGAAGUUUUGGGUGAUCGGAUCAAGGCUCAUGGCGAGGAACAAUCCAACAAAUGGGCUCGCAGCCGUCCAAUUGCAGCAAAUCGUGGUUACGACAAAUAUGAACGUGAGCAUAUGUGGAUGCAGUUCCACGUUCAAGGUGAUAAGAAUUCUGGUCUUGUGCGACUGGAAAUGGUGCGGGACCCACAUGGAUCCAAUACUUUUGAGUACCGAUACUUGGUGCUUGAAGUUCCUGGAUUUGAACGCAUUUACCUCAUUGACAAGACUCCACAACCUGCACGCAAGACAGCAUCUGGUCUUUUCUGGGGUAUCAAAUGGGGCAAGAAACAAGAGUAG